AUGCCGGGCAGCGGCCCCAACGAGAGGAUGACAUGGCCCGGCCCAGCCCUGCCCACGGCCCCCACAACCCGCCCUCUCUCCUCAGCCCCCGGGACACCGCCCAUCCCGCCCCUCACACGGACCCGCAGCCUCAUGGCCAUGUCCCUGCCAGGGAGCAGACGGGCCUCUGCUGGAUCCCGCAGGCGUACCUCGCCACCCGUGAGCAUGCGGGAUGCCUACGGCACCUCUUCCCUCAGCAGCAGCAGCAACUCAGGCUCCUGCAAGGGCAGUGACAGCAGCCCCACACCCAGGCGUUCCAUGAAGUACACGCUGUGCAGUGACAACCACGGCAUCAAGCCCCCAACCCCAGAGCAGUACCUGACUCCAUUGCAGCAGAAGGAGGUAUGCAUCCGGCACCUGAAGGCCCGGCUGAAGGACACACAGGACCGGCUCCAGGACCGGGACUCUGAGAUUGAUGACCUGAAGAUGCAGCUGUCCCGCAUGCAGGAGGACUGGAUCGAGGAGGAGUGCCACCGCGUGGAGGCCCAGCUGGCCCUGAAGGAGGCCCGCAAAGAGAUCAAGCAGCUCAAGCAAGUCAUUGAUACCGUCAAGAACAACCUGAUCGAUAAGGACAAGGGGCUGCAGCAGUAUUUUGUGGAUAUCAACAUCCAGAACAAGAAGCUGGAGACGCUGCUACACAGCCUGGAGGUGGCCCAGAGUGGUACAGCCAAGGAAGAUGGCACAGGGGAGUCAGCCGGUGGCUCCCCUGCCCGCUCCCUCACCCGCAGCUCCACCUACACCAAGCUGAGUGACCCAGCCGUCUGCGGUGACCGCCAGCCCGGGGAUGCCCCCAACACCUCCAACGAGGACGGCGCUGACAGCGGCUAUGCAGCAGCUGACGACUCACUGAGCCGGACGGACGCCCUGGAGGCCAGCAGCCUGCUGUCAUCGGGGGUGGACUGUGGCCCAGAGGAGGCCUCGCUGCAUGGCACCUUCAGCCUGGGCCCCCGUUUCCCUGCCAGCAACACCUAUGAGAAGCUGUUGUGUGGCAUGGAGGCCGGUGUGCAGGCCAGCUGCAUGCAGGAACGUGCCAUCCAGACAGACUUUGGGCAGUACCAGCCUGACCUGGACACCAUCCUGGAGAAGGUGACCCAGGCCCAGGUCUGCGGGACAGUCCCAGAGCCUGACCCCCGACCCCAGAGGCCCAGAGACCCUAACUCAGCAGUGGUGGUGACCGUGGGUGAUGAGCUUGAGGCCACAGAGCCAGUCACCUGUGGGCCCACCCCACACCGGCCUAGUGCCCACCCCAACCCUGGCCCAUCAGUGAGCGUGGUGUGCCCCGUGGAAGAGGAGGAGGAGGCAGCGGCCUCUGCCGAGAAGGAGCCCAAAAGCUACUGGAGCCGCCACUACCUUGUGGAUCUGCUGGCCGUGGUGGUGCCGGCUGUGCCCACGGUGGCCUGGCUCUGCCGCUCCCAGCGGCGCCAGGGCCAGCCCAUUUACAACAUCAGCUCCCUGCUGCGGGGCUGCUGCACCGUGGCCUUGCACUCCAUCCGCAGAAUCAGCUGCCGCUCACUAGGCCAGGCCGGCCCCAGCCCUGCAGGCGGUGGCUCCCAGCUCUGAGGGGCUCCUGCAACCUGACCAGUGAUUGUAUUGUAGGGAUGCCCUCCCCUGCCACCCAUACCCCCUGGGACAGCAUCUUAUUUAUUAAGUUUUGGUUUUGUUUUGUUUUGUUUUGUUUUCCCCC